GGAUUUCUGUCUAAUAUUCUCUCUCUCAUGAAUAAAAACGAAAUAAAAAAAAAAUCAAUUUUCACACUCACAGUCACACACACAUUUUCGCAUUGCGUUAUCCGUGUUCUUCUCGUCUUCCUCACCAAUUUCUCACUCACAAGUUUCAGAGUUCAAAGACAAAACGUUGCAAGAAAAUGCAAGUUUCUGGUGUAAUCAGCGACGUUAUGGUAGUGGUGCUUCCAUCUUCCUCAUCGCUCCGGUUACCGGAAUUCCGCCAUUUGCAUGCUUCUGACGCCAAGACUUUUCUUUCCGGUUGUGGAUUUCUUAAGAGUUGUCCUCCAUCUUACAAUGCUAAACACUGCUAUGAACCCUACAAUUUUCGAGCUAAAGGUUUAGUUGUGAGAGCGUCUACAAAUUCAAGUGAUAAUUUUGUGCCUUCCCCUCCUCUCCAAUUUGAGUCACCAGUUUGUCAGCUAUUGGAACAAAUUUUGCAAACCCAUCCUCAUUUAAUUUCAGCAACCAUUGAUCAGCAGCUAGAGAAACUUCAGGCUGAAAGAGAUGCCAACAAAGAAGAAUCUUCUACUUCAUAUGAGGAUUCCCUUUAUAAGAGGAUAUCUGAAAUUAAAGAGAAAGAAAAGCGUACAACAUUGGAAGAGAUAAUGUACUUCUCAAUCGUAAACCGAUUUAAAGAUAACAAAAUUUCAAUGAUUCCAAAAAUAUCAGCAACCUCAGAUCCUAAUGUUCAAGUGGAUUUAUGGCCAAAUCAAGAGUUUAAGCUAGAAGCUAUUCAUUCUCCAGAGGUAUUUGAGAUGGUACUGAGUCACUUAUCUCAGGUGCUUGGAGAACGGACUGUGGGUCCUCUCCAGACAAUUGUUCAGAUUAGCAAAAUCAAACUGGGAAAAUUAUAUGCUGCUUCUAUAAUGUACGGAUAUUUUCUCAAACGGGUUGAUGAGCGGUUUCAACUUGAUAGAUCAAUGGGAAUACUUCCAAAGGACGGUGGUAAAGAAAAUAUAACUUUUGAUGAACCGUCACCACCAAAUAAGCUCUGGGAUUCUGAUUCCUUGAUUAGGAUUUAUCCUGAUGAAGAAGGUUAUAAUGAAGCGGAUUACAUGGAUACUAGUGAAGGCAAAUCAUACAAAUUGAGAACUUAUGUAGUGAAGUUGGAUCCAGAUACACUUCAGAGACUCGCUACUGUGCGCUCCAAGGAAGCUAUAUCAUUGAUCGAAAAGCAAACUCAGGCUCUCUUUGGAAGGCCUGAUAUUCGCGUCUCUGAGGAUGGUUCGAUUGAAACUGCUAAUGAUGAAGUUUUUUCACUUACCAUCUCAGACUUGAGUAUGCUUGUUUUGGAAGCCGUUGCUUUUGGAUCAUUCCUAUGGGACCAAGAAAACUAUGUUGAUUUCAAGUAUUCUUUUCUGGAAAAAUAGAAGGCUCUGCCUAUUGAAGUUGCAAUAUUUCAUAACUUGAGAAAAACCACAAGCAUAACAAAUGUAGUAAAUGUAUGUACAGUGCAUUAGACAAAACUGCAGGAUAAUUUUCUCAUCAAUGGAAGAAUGGACUUCUGUAAUUCAUGUAGAAUAUCAAUUUUUGUGUAAAAUUUUAACUUUUUUUUAUUUUAUUUUAAAUUUCAAAUAAUGGCCUGGAA